UCACCAUCGUUAUGUGACACUAUUUUCUGUGUCUCUCUACUUUUGUCUCUCUAAAUAAACAUUUGUUUCUUUCAACUUUCUCCCUUUAUCUCUCUCAUCAGAUCACUGCUUCAUCUCCCAGAUCCUCCGGUAUACAUGGACAUCAUAAAGGAGUUGCAACAACAGAUUUGAGAUCCCUAGUUUGACUAUCACGCAAGCUUAUGCUGUCAGUGGUUUUCGAAAACAUGGGCUUGUUGUGCAGCAGAAACAAACACUACAGUCAAGCCGAUGACGAGGAAAAUUCUCAGACUGCAGAGAUAGAAAGACGGAUUGAACAAGAAACAAAGGCAGACAAGCAUAUUCAGAAACUUCUUCUACUUGGUGCCGGAGAUUCGGGGAAGUCUACUAUCUUUAAGCAGAUAAAACUCUUGUUCCAAACUGGCUUUGAUGAAGCAGAGCUAAUGAACUACAUCCCAGUCAUUCAUGCCAAUGUUUACCAGACAAUAAAAAUAUUACAUGAUGGGUCAAAGGAAUUAGCUCAAAAUGAAUUAGAGGCCUCAAAGUAUCUUCUAUCAGCUGAAAAUAAGGAGAUCGGCGAGAAGCUUUCAGAAAUUGGAGGCAGGUUGGAUUAUCCUCACCUGACUAAGGAUCUGGUGCAGGAUAUUGAAGCUCUUUGGAAAGAUCCUGCUAUUCAAGAAACUCUGUUACGUGGCAAUGAGCUUCAGGUUCCAGAUUGUGCCCAUUAUUUCAUGGAAAACGUGGGGAGAUUUUCUGAUAUACAUUAUGUUCCAACAAAGGAGGAUGUUCUUUUUGCCCGGAUUCGAACGACGGGUGUCGUUGAAAUACAAUUCAGUCCAGUUGGAGAGAACAAAAAAAUUGGAGAUGUAUAUAGGCUUUUUGAUGUUGGAGGUCAGAGAAAUGAGAGAAGAAAGUGGAUUCAUCUAUUUGAAGGUGUAACAGCAGUUAUAUUUUGUGCCGCUAUUAGUGAGUAUGAUCAAACUCUAUUUGAGGAUGAGAGGAAGAACCGAAUGAUGGAGACCAAGGAACUCUUUGAGUGGGUGUUAAAGCAACCAUGUUUUGAGAAAACUUCCUUCAUGCUGUUUCUCAACAAAUUUGAUAUAUUUGAACAGAAAGUUCUGAAAGUGCCCCUCAACGCUUGUGAGUGGUUUAAAGAUUACCAGUCAGUUUCAACAGGAAAACAAGAGAUUGAGCAUGCUUAUGAGUUUGUAAAGAAAAAAUUUGAGGAGUCAUAUUUCCAAUGCACUGCACCAGAUUGUGUGGACCGGGUGUUUAAGAUCUAUAGAACCACAGCCCUUGAUCAGAAGCUUGUAAAGAAGACGUUCAAACUGGUAGAUGAGACUCUGAGAAGGAGAAACCUCUUCGAAGCAGGUUUAUUAUGAAAUUCUUUAAAUUUUCAAAAACAGAAAUGUUCAUACCUUGAAAGAUGCAUACAAGUUUUGAACAGCGAGGUUGAAACACAGAAAAAAAAAGGCUAUGGCGGGUAUCAUAGCUCACUCCACAAUUUAAGUUUUGUCCAUGUUAGGUCUCUAAGCACAUAUUUCUUUCUAUAUCCCAGUAAUUUUAUGUUCAACUUACAAAGCAGAUGGUUCAAAACAAAAAUUGAUAUUCAAGUAUAUUCUAUUGAUGUUCAUUUUGUUGAA